CUGGCAGACGCAGUACGUACAGUAGUAGAAAACGAGUCCCACUAGUGAGAGCGUAUGCUUUUUUAAUCCGCACACUGUUCGUUCGAUGCGUCGUCGGUUUGUGCCCUUUUCUUGUUCGUUUCCCGGGGAAUUGGUUCCGUUUUUCCCCGCCGCGCACUAGAUCGGAUAUCGUGCAAAACGUUUCUCGGGUUAAGUGAAUUUGUUCAACAAGUGUCCACGCGUCCCACGCGAUAAAAGCAAGAAAGUUUCUUAAAUAAUCUUUGGGGAAUUCUGUGAAAAAAAGUUGCAUGAAAAGUGAGUGAAAUUUCGUAGGUGCUGCCACCAAUCUGGGAGUGUGUGCGGUGGUGUGGCUCUGAUUCAAGUCGGUUUUGGAGAAGGUGGUGAAGAAGAAUCCAACAAAGCGAAAGAAGCUCAGUCAGUGAAAGAAGAAAAAUGGGUUGUGCUGUGAGUCGAGAUAAGGAAGCCAUCGAACGUUCGAAAAACAUUGACCGUGCACUGCGAGCGGAUGGGGAACGGGCGGCCAGCGAAGUAAAACUGCUCCUGUUAGGAGCGGGCGAAUCAGGAAAGUCAACCAUUGUCAAACAGAUGAAAAUCAUCCACGAAACGGGUUACUCACAAGAAGAAUGCGAACAGUAUCGACCGGUGGUCUACAGUAACACGAUUCAGAGCCUGAUGGCAAUCAUACGCGCAAUGGGACAGCUUCGGAUCGAUUUUGCUGACCCUAGCAAGACAGUAAGUAUUCUAAUGAACAAUUCAAGAAGGUGCCAAAUUUCUCAUUUUCGUUCCAUUACACAGGACAUCGCCCGCCAAUUUUUCACAUACGCCUCGGCCACCGAGGAGGGCGAACUGACGCCCGAGCUGGUAUCGCUGAUGAAGAAACUCUGGACCGAUCCGGGCGUGCAGCUGUGCUUCUCCCGGUCACGCGAAUACCAAUUAAACGACUCCGCUGCCUACUAUUUGAACUCGCUGGAUCGGAUCUCGCAGCCAAACUAUAUCCCCACCCAGCAAGAUGUGCUGCGGACGCGCGUUAAGACGACCGGCAUUGUCGAAACACACUUUAGCUUUAAGGGUAUACACUUCAAAAUGUUUGACGUGGGCGGCCAGAGGUCCGAGCGGAAAAAGUGGAUACAUUGCUUCGAGGGAGUAACCGCAAUCAUCUUUUGCGUAGCUUUGUCAGGAUAUGAUCUAGUUCUGGCAGAGGACGAGGAAAUGAAUCGGAUGAUCGAAUCAAUGAAGCUGUUUGAUUCGAUAUGUAACUCGAAGUGGUUUGUGGACACUUCCAUCAUUCUUUUCCUGAACAAGAAAGAUCUUUUCGAAGAGAAAAUCACACGAUCGCCCCUCACCAUCUGCUUUCCCGAGUAUAAAGGAUCCAAUACCUACGAAGAAGCUUCCAGCUACAUUCGAAUGAAGUUCGAAAAUUUGAACAAACGAAAAGAUCAAAAGGAAAUCUACACGCACCUGACCUGCGCAACGGACACCAGCAACAUCCAGUUCGUGUUCGAUGCCGUAUCGGACGUGAUUAUCAAAAAUAAUCUUAAAGACUGCGGUCUGUUUUAAAUCGGCAGCAGUUGUAAAGUUUAUAUCCCACACCACCCGAAGAUGUAAACCGAAACUUACAGAACGCGCACAGUUUUCUGGCUAAAACGCACACGCACCUCCCACACAGAGAGAAACAUUUUAUUUUCCCUUCUUCCGUGUAAAACUAAAACGUAAAAAACAACAAAUGAUUGCUAAGGAUUAUGUUUAUGUUUUCGAUAGUAACAAACACUCUUAAAGUUGAGCUGAUGCUGAUAAUUUCCAUGAAUCCGCAGUACCUACCAACACAUUUUUGGUUCGAGCCAACACUAAAUUACUGCAUGACAAAUAACGUAAUGGUGGCACAAACAUUUUAGAACAUUGGAAAAACGCUUAUGUAAUAAUUAUGUUAAAUCACGCCUAACUUAUAACUGAAUAACUUAACGAACAAUUUUUCAAAACAAAAUCAAUUAUCUUCAGAAGGCAUAUAAUAAAAAAAAAUUUGAUGGUAACAAUUAAGAUUGAUAAUCAUGAUUGAAAAACAAAUCCAUGAUAAACGAAACCAGUAAAUAUAUUUUUUAUAUUUUAUAGGAAAAAAUAAUUAAAAUUCAUUGUACGUUGUUCAAUUAAUGAUAUAUAAACGGUGUCCGCCUUGUUAAUGCGAAGUAAAGCAAAAAAAGCACGUGUAUGAUGUAAUUGUUACUAAAUCAAUCGAUGCAACAUUCUCCUACCAGUGGGAAAAAAGUGCAUACAAAAUAAGAAAAAAAAACCUUUAAAAUAAUAUUUAUACCUUACUGUUAGAUGUGUUCUAGCUAAGACGAAAGCAAACAAAAGAGACGAAUUUAAAAGAACGGCAAAGCUCUCGCCAUACAGCAGCGUGCAUCCUCCUCAUUCAACGUUCGGUUGUGUCACAAUAGAACGGAAGCUAUUUUGUUAAUACGAAUCAAAGCAUAUCCACUCACCCACUCACGGUGUAGCUACUUUUUUAGAGUGCAUAGGUUUUCUAACUAUCGCUAGAUAUUUCAUUGAAACUAAACCAAAUCACCUGAACUGCUCCAAGCAAAAUCGUCUCUAAAGUCUGUCAUUCCAAUCGAAGCAUUUCACUUCACUGUACUACUGUACUAUUUUUUUAAUUUAAUUAUCUAUUAACCUAGGACUUAGAUAAAGUGCACAUUGGAAGCUUUUCCGUGCAAGCAUAUAUUACGGUAUCCUUUCCCUAAGACUGAAACUCUUUCUCAUCAUCAAAAACAAGUGCAUUUUAGAUUCUUUCGCUAAUAUCAACAGCGCAGCCAACCUUAUCCUGCAAGAAGAGAAACAACCCUUUGAUUUAUGUGUAUGGCAUGUUAGGACACACAAAACGAGAAAGAGAGCCAAAUGUUUCCUUAGGUGAUAUGAAUUUACGCAGAUACAAUGAAAAAUAAACUAAUAUCCAAUCCACUAUUACAUUCGUCAUAUACCAACACGUGUAUCUACAAUGAUAAAAAAAAUUGCUGCUGCCCGUCCUGAACAAAUUUGCGUUGUACCUAUCCAACCAUAAAAAAAUUUGAGCUGAAACUAAUGAGCCAAUUAUUUACAUCGAGAAAAACGAAACGAUACAAUUAGAAAUUGGUUUAGCAGGUUAUUCGCACAAUUGUUGGAACGAUUCACACAAACAAUAAACACUCAAAUCGCAGGUUGCAAACCUUUUUUUUCAUUUGAAACAGUAGAAUUUACAACUACUAAAACAAACUGCGUGCGACCUUCCCCCUGAUGUGACAAAAAUAAAGUGAAAAUUACAGGCUAUAAACAAAAUGCAACGAGAAAUAAUCUUGAACGAUCGCGCAGCAUUAAGCAGAAUAUUAUGCGCUAGCUAAAGCUAAAGCAAACACUCCCACAACAGGAGGAAAAAAUGUGUAUUUUUAUAUGGAUGUUUUUUGCUUAUAUGUGAACAACUAAAUAAUAAAAAAAACCUACCCAGGACACAAAAAACCGGUCAAACUAUAGGCACUCAGUUUUUGCGAUCAACAUAGGAAUUGAUUUUUCGCCACUCUAUUGCUCCCCGAUGUCUAAGAAAUAAAGGCCGAAUAUCAU